AUGGAUCUGAACGAGUAUGCAUCCAAGCUCAAAAAUCUCAAACGAAAACGAAUGAAUUUGGUGGUGAAAAACAGUAAAGAAACGAAGAGGGAGAGAACACUACAUCAAUUGAACCAAAAGCCAGCAGUCUAUAGCAUGAACGCCCAGUCUGAUGAGGAAAGCGACCAAGCAAGCAAGGGCAACGACAAUGUUGAAAAAAAUAAGUUAUUUGGAUACAGCAUUCGCGAAUACGAGCAGUGGAAGAAGCGCGAAGAUAGGUCAAAGUUGGACAGUGCUAAGUAUGGAGAUCUAGCAAAAUCCACAUAUGAUAAAGAAGUUCAGCGGCUGUCAGCAAGACGUGAUAACCUAGAAAAGACAAAACUUGAAGAAGAGGGUAGUCGUACGGUUAAUAAUCAAGGCAAAAUAGUUAUAGAAGACAAUCCGGACUUGAUCGACAAGCUAGCUGAAUCGGUGCGACAGACCGCGAAAGAGCGCUAUGCAAAAAUACAGAGAAAAUUGCAGCAUAGAGAUGUCACGGCUGUGCCGUCAACCGGGUUUGUAAAUGAGAAAAACAAACAAUUUAAUGCCAAAUUAGACCGCCAAGCAAAGAAAAUGGAGCAUUCAGAUAGUGGCAACGACUGA